CUCAAUAUAUCCUUUAUCAGCUGACAAUGCUGGAGUAGUUUGAUUUUUCUGUUUUCAGUCGGAAGCGUUGGGCAGAUAACGUGUUUGUGAGGAGUUGCAGCUAGAAGUUCGGUGGUAUAAAAGGACGUGCAGCGACAGCUGGAAAGAAGUUGUCCAGAAAACUUCCAGUGUGGCGAGUCGGUGUGGAUAGCUAGCUAAUUAGCUAGGAUCAUGACUAAAGAGUUUGCUUGCUAACUCGAUAGUAUCUAGCCAGCAUUUACUAGCUAGACGUCAGUUUUGUGUUUUUGGAUAAGCUAAGCUAGCUAACCGACCUGUGAAGCUGUCGCACCCGUACAGGGAUGUGCAAUGGCAUCGGUAAAAGUGGCUGUCCGGGUCAGGCCCAUGAACAGACGGGAGAAAGAUCUUUCCGCCAAGUUUAUAAUUCACAUGGAAGGGAACAAAACCUCCAUUACCAACCUGAAGAUACCCGAGGGAAUCUCCGGGGAUUCGGGGCGAGAGAGAGUCAAGACGUUCACGUACGACUUCUCCUACGACUCGGCCGACUGCAAGAGCUCCAGCUUCGUUUCUCAGGAGAAGGUUUUUAAAGACCUUGGCACUGACGUGUUGAAGGCUGCUUUCGAGGGUUACAACGCCUGCAUCUUCGCCUACGGCCAGACGGGCUCUGGGAAGUCCUACACCAUGAUGGGACACCCGGGCGAUUCGGGGCUGAUCCCGCGGAUCUGCGAGGGUCUGUUCAGCCGCAUCGCGGGGAUGGCGAGGUGGGACGAGGCCUCCUUCCGCACCGAAGUCAGCUACCUGGAGAUCUACAACGAGCGCGUCCGGGAUCUGCUCCGGAGGAAGUCCACCAAGACCUACAACCUUCGCGUGCGAGAGCACCCCAAGGACGGGCCGUACGUGGAGGACCUGUCCAAGCACCUGGUGCAGAACUACGCUGACGUGGAGGAGCUGAUGGAGGCCGGCAACAUCAACCGCACCACGGCCAGCACCGGCAUGAACGACGUCAGCAGCCGGUCCCACGCCAUCUUCACCAUCAACUUCACUCAGGCCAAAUUCGACGCGGAGAUGCCGUCGGAGACGGUGAGUAAGAUCCACCUGGUGGACCUGGCCGGGAGCGAGAGGGCCGAUGCCACCGGGGCCACCGGCGUUCGCCUGAAAGAGGGCGGGAACAUCAACAAAUCCCUGGUCACCCUGGGCAACGUCAUCUCCGCUCUGGCUGACAUCUCUCAGGACGGGACGAGCACGCAGCUGAAGAAGAAGCAGGUGUUUGUGCCGUACAGAGAUUCGGUGCUAACCUGGCUCCUCAAAGACAGCCUCGGGGGCAACUCCAAGACCAUUAUGAUCGCAACCGUCUCGCCCGCCGACGUGAACUACGGCGAGACCCUGAGCACCCUGCGCUACGCCAACCGCGCCAAGAACAUCAUCAACAAGCCCACCAUCAACGAGGACUCCAACGUCAAGCUCAUCCGCGAACUCCGCGCCGAGAUCGCCCGGCUCAAGGCCCUGCUCAUCCAGGGCAAUCAGAUCGCGCUGCUGGACUCCCCCACCGCUCUCAGCAUGGAGGAGAAGCUGCAGCAGAACGAGGCCCGGGUCUUGGAACUCACGAAAGAAUGGACCAAUAAGUGGAACGAGACUCAGAACAUCCUGAAGGAGGAGACGCUCGCCCUCCGGAAGGAAGGCAUCGGGGUCGUCCUGGACUCGGAGCUGCCGCACCUGAUCGGCAUCGACGACGACCUGCUCAGCACGGGCAUCAUCCUGUACCACCUGAAGGAGGGCAAGACGUACGUGGGCCGGGAGGACGCCACGAACGAACAGGACAUCGUUCUGCACGGGCUGGACCUGGAAAGCGAGCACUGCGUGUUUGAGAACGUGAGCGGGACGGUGACCCUGGUGCCUCUUCACGGGGCCCAGUGCUCCGUCAAUGGGGUGCAGGUCACUGGGCCGUCCCAGCUCAACCAAGGUGCUGUCAUACUGCUCGGGAGAACAAACAUGUUCCGGUUUAAUCACCCUAAAGAAGCCGCUAAGCUCAGGGAAAAAAGGAAGAGCGGCCUGCUGUCCACCCUCAGCCUGUCGAUGACGGACCUGUCCAAGUCCUGCGAGAACCUCUCCGCCGUCAUGCUAUACAAUCCCGGGUUGGAGUUUGAAAGGCAACAACGGGAGGAGCUUGAGAAGCUGGAACAUAAAAGGAGGCUGAUAAAGGAGAUGGAGGAGAAGCAGAAGUGCGAGAAGGCGGAGCUGGAGCGCAUGCAGCAGGAGGUGGAGUCGCAGCGCAAGGAGUCGGAGGAGGCGCAGCUGCGCAUGCGGCGGCAGGAGGAGAGCCUGAGGCAGCGCAGCCAGGACAUCGAGGGCCGCCUGCGCGACCUCCUGGCCGAGAGGGAGCGCUUCGAGGAGGAGCGCCUGCGGGAGCAGCAGGAGCUGGAGGAGCAGCGGAGGAGGCGCGUGGAGCAGGAGGAGCUGCACAGCCAGGCCCGGCUGGAGCAGGAGCGCCUGAAGGAGGAGAAGACUGAGAUCUUCCGGGAGCUGGAGCGGUUGAGGCGGGAGUGCGAGGAGCAGUCGGUGAGGCUGGAGCUGGAGAGGAGGCGCCUGGAGGAGCAGGAGCGCGAGCAGGUCUCCCUGGUGGUCCGUCUGGAGGAGCAGCUCCGGGAGAGGCACGAGACGGUGGGCCUCCUGAGGACGGACGACGCCCGGCGCCUGGAGGAGGAGAAGGAGGCGCUGGAGGAGAUCAGGGAGGUCCUGCUCAAGGCCAAGGAGGCGCGGCCCGACGGCGGCGAGGAGCCAGAGGAGGCGCGCUGCGCCAGGGGGAGGUACGCCGAGUUGAAGGAGGCGCAGCUGGAGCGGCUGGGGGGCCUGCAGGAGGCGCUGACGCAGGAGCAGGAGCGCCUGGAAAAGGAGGUCUCGGUGGAGCGCAAGGCCCUGGGCCUCAUGCAGCGUGCCCGCGAGGAGGCGCAGGAGAAGGGGGCGCAGGACGGGGCCAGCGUGGCCCAGGAGGAGCAGCGCCUCCGCCAGGCGGAGCAGAGGCUGCACUUUAAGGAGCGGCAGCUCGCCUCCCUCACGCAGACCCACCUCCCCGCCGUCAGGGAGGAGAGGCAGCGAGCCGCCGAGCUCCUGGAGCGGGGUCCGCUGGGCCUCGACAACACCCUGUACCAGGUGGAGAAGGAGGUGGAGGAGAAGGCGGAGCAGCUGCAGGCGCACCGGGCCGGGGCGGAGGAGCUGCAGCAGCUGCAGCGGACGUACGAGUUCACGGCCAACGUGGCGCGGCAGGAGGAGAAGGUGCGGCGGAAGGAGAAGGAGAUCCUGGAGUGGCGGGGGAAGCGUCAGCGGGAGGCCCUGGAGCAGGCGGUGGCCAGGCUGGAGCGCCGAGGGGAGGCCCUGCGGAGCCGCCGCCGCCGGUCCGCCUCCACCGCCGCCGCCGAGCCGGAGACGGGGACGGAGACGGAGGGGCGCGGACGCAAACGCUCCGCCCGUGCGGGCGAGGAGGAGGGCGAGGAGGGGGAGGAGGAGGAAGAGGAGGAGCAAGGCUCGGAGGCCAGUCCGGAGGAGGAGCAAGGGGCUCAGGAGCAGGAUGGAGAGAGGAUGGAGCGUGAGAUCCUGCAGCUGAAACAGAGGCUGAGCGAGGGUGACUCCUGUGGGCGGAGCUUCUCGGUGGGCGGGGACGACAGGUCGACCAGUCACAGCAGCUCGCCUGUCAGCCCCCGCCCGAGCCUGCCGGGCGUGCUCCCCCUCACGGACGACAGGAUAAACGCGUACAUCGAGGAGGAGGUGCAGCGGAGGCUGCAGAAGAUGAGCCUGGCGAACGGGGACGUCGGCGUGGGGCUCUCCCUGUCGUCCGAAUCUCUGCGGGAAGAUGAGAAAUCUCGAAAUGGGCUGGAUCCGCGGAAACUGAAAUAUAAGCAGCGGCUGAUAUCUCGCCCCCUGGUGGCCGGUCCUGACGGGACGAGGGACGCGGUGAAAAUCGGUAUCCCGCGGUACGUCCUUCGGGGCCAGGGAAAAGACGAGCACUACGAGUUUGAAGUGAAGAUCACAGUCCUGGACGAGACGUGGACGGUGUUCCGGAGGUACAGCCGCUUCCGAGAAAUGCACAAGACGCUGAAGCUGAGAUACCCGGAGCUGGCAGCCUUGGAGUUCCCGCCGAAGAAGCUGUUUGGGAACCGGGACGAGCGCGUGGUGGCCGAGCGGCGAGCCCUUCUGGAGAAGUACCUGCGGAACUUCUUCCGGCUGAUGCUGAGCUCGGCGAGCUCGCCCCUGCGCGCGGAGGAGACGGGCCUGGGCCUGUCCAAGCACGCCGUCUGCGAGUUCUCCCCGUUCUUCAAGAAGGGCGUCUUCGACUACAGCAGCCACGGAACCGGCUGAGCCGCUCCGCAGGGGAGAGCCGGUCGGAACCGGUCGGAGCUGGACAGAAAAAACCGGUCAGGCCCGGUACAGUGGAACCGCAAGACGGCCAUAGGAGUAGAACCAAAUAAAGAAACACAGCUGGUGCCUUUUUCUCUGACAGCGCUCGACUGGCAGCGACGAAACUGAACCACACUACGUCCUGCCUGCCCUCAGCCAAACUUUUACACAGACAGACACACACACACACACACACACACACACACGCGCGCACAAACACUAGAAAGAACCCCGCUAACAGCUGCUCUCUGAGGAACUGAAUUCACGCGGGCAGCGUGAAAGUUGCCAGGCUUUCCGCUGCCCGUCAAAGUGUCGCGGCCGGCUCCAGGUGCCGCCGUGUGGGUCUGGCCGCCCUGGCAUAUUGGCGGUCCCCCUGGAACGAGCCCCCCCCCCCCCCCCACGGUCCUCCCCCUCCAGGCCAGAGAGGGGCUGAGACGAAACGAUGGACACUUCUGAUUAAAUGUGCUUCUGAGCCUCCGGCGGCUCUCUCACCCGGCUCUCUCUCUC